AUGCGAUCUCAAUUAUUGUUGCUUUGCGCUCUCAGCGCAUCCCUAAUUAAUGCGUCCCCCGUCGGCCUUGGAUGCUACGAGGAGUCUGCUUUCAAGGCCGAGGACAUUAUCCAGCGCGACGUCCUUAUUGUUGGAGGUGGAGCCACCGGAACCUACGCCGCCGUUCGUCUCCGGGACCAAAACAAGACCAUCGCCGUUGUCGAGCGCGCCGACAAGCUCGGAGGCCAUGUCGACACUUUCCGAGACCCCGCGACCGGUGCACCCAUCGACUAUGGCGUGCAAGCAUACAUCCAGAACAACCAGACGACCCAGUUCUUUGAGCGCUUCGGUGUUCAACUGAACACUUCGGCCCUCUCCCCCUUCCCGAGCAAGGUUGUCGACUUCAAGACUGGCUUCGUCGUCCCCAAUGCCACCGCCGUCGACCCUAAUACUCUGGUCGGACCUCUCGCGAACUAUCUCUUUUCCAUCCUCCAAUUCGACUUCCUGGCCGAGGGUGCUUAUGACAUCCCGGAGAAUGUCCCCGAAGAUCUGCUUUUGCCCUUCGGUCAGUUUGUUGACAAGUACAAUUUGACCGAUGUCGUCCAGGUUGUCUGGAUAUUCGCUCAGGGUGUUGGCAAUCUUCUAGAGACGCCCACCCUCUAUGUACUGCAGAACUUUGGACAGGCCCACCUGUUGGGUCUCUCUGCCGGCUACCUCUAUGCUCCUGCUGGUAACCAAGUGGUCUAUGACAAGGCCGGUGCCUUCCUUGGAAGCGAUGUUCUGUACUCAAGCGUUGUGGUUGCCUCCAAUCGCACUGAUGACGGUGUCACGGCCGUUGUCGCUUCCGCCAAUGGCCGCAAGCUCAUCAAAGCCAAGAAGCUUCUAAUCACCAUCCCUCCCACGGUUGAGAACUUGGCUCCAUUCGACCUCGAUGACUCGGAAAUGUCCGUGUUCAAGCAAUGGCAGAACGUUCCCUACUACGUCGGAGUUGUUUCCAAGAGCGGUCUGCCCGACCUUACCAAUUUCCUCAACGUUGACAUCACCGCGCCCGAUGCCCUUCCCCAGACACCCUUUGUCUGGCGUCUUGAGACAGUCGGCGUACCGGGUUAUCAGACUGUAAAGGUCAUCGGCGAACCUCAGUCUUCGAAGGCCCAAGGCUUGGUUAGUGAUGCCGUUCGCAAGAUCGCCGCCUCCACCAACGCCACGUUCACGACUGGCGGUGAUUUUAGCGCAUGGGAGGAGCACUCCAACAUUCAGCUUCACGUGUCGACAGAGGCAGUUAAGUCAGGCUUCUAUCGCGACCUUUACGCACUUCAGGGCAAAAGAAGCACUCACUACACUGGUAAUGCUUGGUGCUCUGAUUACUCUCCACUCCUGUGGGCGUUUACGGAGACCAGAAUCCUUCCCUUGCUUUAG